CCCCGUUUCUCUCUGCGCAGCAGCAACCAAAACCCUAAAGCUCUCUCUCUCUCCCUCGCCUCUUCCCUUUCCCCUUCCCAAGCCCUAACCCUAGCCCCUCCAAUGGCGGCCGCUGCGCGCCCCCUCCACGACUCGCUGUCCCGGAACCGGCGCCAGCCGUACGCCGUGUCCCGGCGCGCGGGGCACCAGACCUCGGCGGAGUCGUGGGGCACGGGGCGCGCCGUGUCCCGCAUCCCGCGCGUCCCCGGCGGCGGCACCCACCGCGCCGGGCAGGGCGCCUUCGGCAACAUGUGCCGCGGCGGGCGCAUGUUCGCGCCCGUCCGCGUCGGUGGGGCGCCGCACGAGCACCUCCACCUCCGCCGCGUCGCCGUCGCCUCCGCCCUCGCCGCCUCCGCCGUCCCCUCCCUCGUUCUCGCCCGCGGCCACCGCGUGGACUCCGUCCCCGAGCUCCCCCUCGUCGUCUCCGACUCCGCCGAGUCCAUCGAGAAAACCUCCGCCGCCAUUAAAGCCCUCUCCCAGAUCGGCGCCCUCCCCGACGCCGACAAGGCCAAGGACUCCCUCUCCAUCCGCCCCGGCAAGGGCAAGAUGCGCAACCGCCGCUACAUCUCCCGCAAGGGCCCCCUCAUCGUCUACGGCACCGAGGGCUCCAAGAUCGUCAAGGCCUUCCGCAACAUCCCCGGCGUCGACGUCGCCAACGUCGAGCGCCUCAACCUCCUCAAGCUCGCCCCCGGCGGCCACCUCGGGCGCUUCAUCAUCUGGACCAGGUCCGCCUUCGAGAAGCUCGACUCCGUCUUCGGGACCUUCGACAAGCCCUCGGAGAAGAAGAAGGGCUUCGUGCUCCCUCGCCCCAAGAUGGCCAACCCGGACCUCUCCAGGAUCAUCAACUCCGACGAGGUGCAGUCCGUGGUCAGGCCCAUCAACAGGGAUGUCAAGCGCAGGUCGCUCAAGAAGAACCCGCUCAAGAACAUCAACACCCUGCUCAGGCUCAACCCCUACGCCAAGACCGCGCGGAGGAUGGCCCUGCUCGCCGAGGCGCAGAGGGUCAAGGCCAAGAAGGAGAAGCUCGACAAGAAGAGGAGCCCGCUCGGCAAGGAGGAAGCUGCGAAAAUCAAGGCUGCGGGGAAGGCGUGGUACAAGACGAUGAUCUCCGACAGCGACUACACCGAGUUUGAGAACUUCUCAAAGUGGUUGGGCGUCUCCCAGUAAUCUACCAACCUCUUUAGUUAGAACUACCCCCUUUUUCCGAACCGAGUAUUCUGCAGUAAUUUUGAUUUGUUUCUGCUAUUUGUGUUUGAGAACCAUGUCGUAUCUGUUGAGAACACCUCGAGUACUUUUGUUGUGGCGAGGUCCUGCGACCUCACUCUCUCUGUUUUACUUUCUUUUUUUUUUUGUUCUCUUUAGAGGUCGGAGAAUUUAUAUGAAUUUUACCAAGUCUUAAUGAAUUAUUGGUUUGUUUCUA